AAAGAUUACUCAACUAAAGGAAGUAGAUCUUCGUAUUUGAAUUCAUAUAAGAAAUAUGGUCUCUGACGCUAGCAAGAAGAAGGCAGCCCAAAAGAAGGCCGCUGCAGCUGCUAAGAGAGGAGGAAAAGCAGCUGCUGCAACAUCAUCCAAGGCGGCAGCAACAGCAGGUGCGCAGGAUGGAGGCGUUGACAAGUUAGCCAAUGGAGUCGGUUCCCUUCAGAUAUCCGAUCGGAAUUGCACUGGUGUCCUCUGUUCUCAUCCGCUAUCGAGAGAUAUUCACAUAGAGUCCUUAUCAGUUACCUUCCAUGGUCACGAUCUCAUUGUGGAUUCUGAUCUGGAACUUAAUUAUGGCAGGCGCUAUGGGUUGCUUGGACUGAAUGGAUGUGGGAAAUCUACCCUCCUUGAAGCGAUAGGGAACCGGGAACUUCCUAUUCCAGAGCACAUGGAUAUCUAUCAUCUCUCCAGGGAGAUUGAAGCUUCUGACAUGACUUCUCUUGAAGCUGUAAUAAAUUGUGAUGAGGAGAGGCUGAAAUUGGAAAAAGAAGCUGAAGCCCUUGCAGCAGAGGAAGGUGGUGGCGGCGAAGCCCUGGAGCGCAUUUAUGAACGUUUGGAAUCUUUGGAUGCAGCAACUGCAGAGAAGCGUGCCGCUGAGAUCUUGUUUGGUCUUGGGUUUGACAAAAAGAUGCAGGCAAAGAAAACUCGGGAUUUCUCGGGUGGCUGGAGGAUGAGGAUUGCUUUAGCACGUGCCUUGUUCAUGAAUCCAACCAUCCUUUUGCUCGAUGAACCCACAAACCAUUUAGAUUUAGAGGCCUGUGUUUGGUUGGAAGAGAUGUUGAAGAAAUUUGAGCGCAUCUUGGUUGUAAUAUCACACUCGCAGGACUUCCUGAAUGGUGUCUGCACAAACAUUAUCCACAUGCAGAGCAAAAAGCUGAAGCUCUAUACAGGUAACUAUGACCAGUAUGUUCAGACCCGUUCUGAACUUGAGGAGAACCAGAUGAAGCAAUACAAGUGGGAGCAGGAACAGAUUGCAUCAAUGAAAGAGUAUAUUGCUCGGUUUGGGCAUGGAUCAGCAAAGCUGGCACGCCAAGCGCAGAGUAAAGAGAAGACACUGGCAAAGAUGGAGCGGGGAGGUCUGACCGAGAAGGUGUCAAAGGACCAGGUGCUAAUAUUCCGUUUUACUGAUGUGGGAAAGCUGCCUCCACCAGUGCUUCAGUUUGUGGAGGUUACAUUUGGCUACACCCCUGAUAAUCUGAUCUACAAGAACAUCGACUUUGGGGUGGAUCUUGAUUCAAGGGUAGCUUUGGUGGGGCCAAAUGGGGCUGGGAAGAGCACGCUGCUGAAGUUGAUGACGGGGGAGCUGGUUCCCCAAGAUGGCAUGGUCAGGCGGCACAACCAUCUGAGAAUUGCACAGUUCCAUCAGCACUUGGCGGAGAAGCUGGACGUGGAGAUGUCUGCUCUUCAGUACAUGAUGAGAGAAUAUCCUGGCAAUGAGGAAGAGAAGAUGAGAGCAGCUAUUGGUAGGUUUGGCUUGACAGGCAAGGCUCAGGUGAUGCCAAUGAAGAAUUUGUCGGAUGGCCAGAGGAGCCGGGUGAUAUUUGCAUGGUUGGCAUGGAGGCAGCCACACAUGCUGCUCCUGGAUGAGCCAACCAACCAUCUGGACAUUGAGACAAUUGACUCACUGGCAGAGGCACUGAAGGAGUGGGAUGGGGGAUUGGUUCUGGUCAGCCAUGAUUUCAGGCUUAUCAAUCAGGUGGCUCAAGAGAUAUGGGUGUGUGAGAAACAGGCUGUGACCCGAUGGGAGGGUGGCAUAAUGGACUUUAAGGAGCACCUCAGGAGCAAGGCUGGUCUAUCCUGAUUGAGUGAUUGGGGAUUAGGCUCCUGGGAUCACGUUUAUUUACUAUAUUAUAUUAUAAUUCCUGCUAUUCAUGUCCUAAUAUUGUAGCCUAGGAUCUAUAAUUUGCUGU